AUGCACACUUCAAGUCUUACCUCUCCUCCCACCGGCAGCCCUAUCAGAGGGCCUAAUCCUGACCAUCCAAGCAGGAAGGGACGUGCCACUGGUCGUGUUCAGAGGAAACUCGAGAAGGGUUCAGAUAGCGCCCCCAUUCAGUCUAGGACUUCAAGUCGUCAUCUUUCACUGGGCAAAUGCUACAAAUGUCCAAGCUCGCCACCUUCAUCUGACAUUACCUAUGAUUCCUCAGAUGAUGAUGUAAUCGCUCCCAUAACCCCUCCCCCCAUACUUCGCGAUCUGGCUCAUUAUGUCAAGGGCGCAAAAGAAAGACCCGAGACCUAUAAGAGAACUAAUCCUAAUGUCAUAGAACGCCUCUGUGGUGAGGAGUGUCCGGGAUGCAAUGGUUCUACGACUUCGUUGGACAAUCCAAGGUCGUUCCAGGACAAAGCUAGACUGGCACGCAGAGUAAAGAGCCUGUCUCCCGAGGCCCGUGCUCAAGCUGCAGUCGCUAUCGGAGCUAAUGUUGAAUGGAGACAUGCGCGUGCUGUGGCAGCAGCUUUGCAAAUCGACGCAAUUGUACAACACAAAAAGUUCAUGUUCUUGACUCUUGAGCACGAAGCUAAAACAUACGUCAAUGCCCUCUCGGAACCGUUCGAAACCUCGAUUGAGAUGCUGGUUAACUGUACAGCCAGUGAACUCGACAAUCGUGAAAACUGUAGUGUUGCCGCAUACCAGGUUGAGUUGGAUCAGUUCAAUAUAGCUGACAAAGAGCUGGAUCACACCGAGAGUGAGAUAUUGCCACAAGUUCGGACGAAGACAAUCUUGGCGGUAGUUUUGGCUCUAUGUGUGGAACCUCAAGAGAUUCCAACGAGUCCGAUGACUGACAUUCGAAGUCUAAUGCUCAGUGUCCCUAUUGUAUCUCUGGAGUUACUAACGAAUGCCCUGGUAUGGGAUUCGGAUCGAAACCUAUUUUUAACGGUCGCAUUUGGUAGUUUAUUUUCAAGAAGUCCCGCAGAGAGCCGCAGAGUCGUGGCACCCACGAAGCACUUCGGCUCCCACAUGUUGAGAAGCAAAAGACCCACAAUCUUGAUUCUUCGCUUGUCAGAAGAAAGUUUGAUGCUUACGAAUCGGAGCCUGACCAGUGACCACAAACCUCUCAGAGAUUUAGCUGUACCACUCUAUCGACUCAAUGGGCCAUUGAGUGACUGUUCAGGGGCCAGCCUCAAGGCCAACUUGACUCAACGGAGUACUAACAACACGAAAAAGGUCAUUUUCUUGGAAUGGCUCAUUGGGAGCAAAACGGUGGCCAGUGGCCCUAUCCAGGACACAGUCACGUCUACGCCUGGAUUCAGGCUGGCGUCUGAAAUCUUGCCAGCACACAAUGUGACCACAGCCUCAGGCGGUGGUGAGCGCUCAGGUUAUUCUGACCCCCACUGGCAGGACCGCGUGGGAGCAGCCAGCAGCCAUUCAAGUUUUGACUCCCAAUACAACGAAUUACAGCUAGGGUAUACUUCUCAGGCUGCCGCUGACGUGGCUACCUAUGACCACAAUAAUUCCUAUUCACAGGAUUCCCUAGGUGGUAGCCAACACCAGCCUUUGGCGUCCGAUAUUCCCGGAGUGUCAAACACAGCAUCCUACAGCUUCCAGUUGCCCCACUCGCAGGAUCCCACUGCAGGUGGGAGCCAGCACCCGCCUCCGGUUUCUGGAAUACCCACCCUUAUUACGUCCUAUACUACAUAUCAGAGUUCCAGCUCGCAGCCUGCUGUAGACUCGGAUGGUAGCCAACACCUGCCUCUUGCUCCUGGAAUGGCUGCGCCCAUUACGCCCUAUAUGUACCAAGGUUUAAGCUUGCAGGAGCCUGCAGCUGGCCAGUAUCAGUUUUCUGUUACGCCUCUGCCCAAUAUAGCUUCCCACAACGAUUACAACCCCUACCUGCAGGAACAAGCCAGUAGCAGCCGCAAUAUGAGCUUACAACCUGUGCAACAGUUUGCUACAGAAGGCAGAUUCUAUCGAGCUAUCAGCAGUCACCUCCACCACAGCUCUUCUAAUGCAUGCCAGAAUGUCCUGCACGAAUCAGCUCCGUCACAAACCUCCCUAAAUUCGACGUCUUCCGAUCCUAUUCAGAUUCAAGCGGCUCAAACUCAGUCGACUUUGUCGGGUUUGGGCGCCCACAUCCCUAACGACGAAGGUUGCCGUCCCACUGAUCUUCAAACUAAAAGUAUGUCCGAUAGGUUAGGUUGGACUAGGAACGCAAACCAGGGUGUCGCACAUGCAUCCCAACCUGAAAGUUUGUUCAAUAGGUUGGGCCGGACUAGAAACAUAAUCCAAAGGAUCGCACACGGAUCCCCAUAUAAGGCGCCCCCUCCUUCCAUACCACCGCAAUCCAGUCGAUCAAUCUUGAUAUUGUCGUCAACACUCGACGAUGUGAAGAAAGGUGCAUCAAUACGCAUGACAACAAGUCUAUUCCAAAACUCUCUUUUUCCGUCUAUGGAGAACAUUAACGAGUGGGCUCAGUCAGCGCUUGAAUGUGCGGCUGCUGCGCACGAUGAGAACAAGAGGGAACUUGGGCAGUGGAUAAAGAGGAGAGAAGGGCUCAACACUCUUUCGCAACUCAAGCGCACCGUCAAAAGGCUCCACUCGAACUCCCGGGACUAUGCUGAGGGAUUUGUGGCAGGAGCAUUCGGUCUAUCCUUCGACAUGUCCAAGGCAGCGACUGAUAUCACGCCAUCGCGACAAGCUUAUGCGACCCUUUUGUUGUUGACCAAUGAAUUCCUAGACACAUUCGUCCAGCGGAUGCAAAAUGGGCAACUCAAGUGGUUUCGUGUCCCAUUCGCGCACCCUGGCAUUAUCGGGAUGGUGGAAUACAUGCUUGUUAAUCAGCAAUUCCGUCGUCACAUAGAAUUCGAUUCUCCUGACUGGGAAUCACGCCUCAUAAAUGUCAUCGCCCUGGCAGGAAUGAUUGCUCGCUGGGUGGUGAGCAGAUACUCAGUCAACGGCUGGUUCAAAGAGGCAGAACUUUACACACUGGCAAAUGAAAAGUAUCAUACCGAGUUGAAAACUCGGAUGUUUUCGUUGUCAGUUAGAAUAGUCAUAUCAUAUGCAUGGAAUGGGCAAGACAGAUGA